GUUUCGAGUAGAGUCCUUCAUGUUAACUGAAAAUAUUGAGGAUAGAUAGGCUGUGCAACUAAGUGAAAGGUGUGUUCUGAAUGAAAAACUGGAAAGAGGUUCCUCUUUCUGAUCUGCUGACUGUUUACAAAGGAGAGGGAAGCAAUUUCCUGAGUUCAGAAUCUUGUGGACAGCAAAACAUGACUUACUUGUUAACGGUACUCACCUUAGUGCUUCUGAAGGUUCAACAGAUUGUUCGUUCGCAAGAACAUGCUGUAAGGCUGGUAGGCGGCAGCGAUCGCUGUUCAGGGAGAGUGGAGGUGCGGCACAAUGCACAAUGGGGAACGGUAUGCGACGAUGGAUGGGGAACUGAAGACGCCAAGGUUGUCUGCAGGCAAUUGGGUUGUCCCUCCGUCGCAGCAGCAAGUGGAGGGGCGCACUUCGGGCAAGGCAGCGGGAAUAUCUGGAUGGAUGAUGUUGCGUGCAAUGGGCAGGAAUCCGCCCUUUGGGAUUGUUCCUUCGGUGGAUGGGGGAUUAAUAACUGCGGUCACGGAGAAGAUGCGGGCGUGAGUUGUACGGAAGAACAUGGUAUAAGGCUGGUAGGCGGCAGCGAUCGCUGUUCAGGGAGAGUGGAGGUGCGGCACAAUGCACAAUGGGGAACGGUAUGCGACGAUGGAUGGGGAACUGAAGACGCCAAGGUUGUCUGCAGGCAAUUGGGCUGUCCCUCCGUCGCAGCAGCAAGAGGAGGGGCGCACUUCGGGCAAGGCAGCGGAAAUAUCUGGAUGGAUGAUGUUGAGUGCAAUGGGCAGGAAUCCGCCCUUUGGGAUUGUUCCUUCGGUGGAUGGGCGAUUAAUAACUGCGGUCACGGAGAAGAUGCGGGCGUGAGUUGUACGGAAGAAAUUGGUAUAAGGCUGGUAGGCGGCAGCGAUCGCUGUUCAGGGAGAGUGGAGGUGCGGCACAAUGCACAAUGGGGAACGGUAUGCGACGAUGGAUGGGGAACUGAAGACGCCAAGGUUGUCUGCAGGCAAUUGGGCUGUCCCUCCGUCGCAGCAGCAAGAGGAGGGGCGCACUUCGGGCAAGGCAGCGGAAAUAUCUGGAUGGAUGAUGUUGCGUGCAAUGGGCAGGAAUCCGCCCUUUGGGAUUGUUCCUUCGGUGGAUGGGGGAUUAAUAACUGCGGUCACGGAGAAGAUGCGGGCGUGAGUUGUACGGAAGAACAUGGUAUAAGGCUGGUAGGCGGCAGCGAUCGCUGUUCAGGGAGAGUGGAGGUGCGGCACAAUGCACAAUGGGGAACGGUAUGCGACGAUGGAUGGGGAACUGAAGACGCCAAGGUUGUCUGCAGGCAAUUGGGCUGUCCCUCCGUCGCAGCAGCAAGAGGAGGGGCGCACUUCGGGCAAGGCAGCGGAAAUAUCUGGAUGGAUGAUGUUGAGUGCAAUGGGCAGGAAUCCGCCCUUUGGGAUUGUUCCUUCGGUGGAUGGGCGAUUAAUAACUGCGGUCACGGAGAAGAUGCGGGCGUGAGUUGUACGGAAGUGCCGAAUAUAAGACUGGUAGGCGGCAGCGAUCGUUGUUCAGGGAGAGUGGAGGUGCGGUACAAUGAACAAUGGGGAACGGUAUGCGACGAUGAAUGGGGCAACGACGACGCCAAGGUUGUCUGCAGACAAUUGGGCUGCCCCUCUGCUGCAAUAGCAAUAGUGGGGGCACGCUACGGGCAAGGCAGCGGGAAUAUCUGGAUGGACGAUGUUGCGUGCAAUGGAAGUGAAUCCGCCCUUGGGGAAUGUUCCUUCCGAGGAUGGGGGAGUCAUAACUGCGGUCACGGAGACGAUGCGGGAGUGAUUUGUGGAGAAGAACCCGAUAUCAGGCUGGUAGGCGGCAGCGAUCGCUGUUCAGGGAGAGUGGAAGUGCGGUACAAUGCACGGUGGGGAACGGUAUGCGACGAUGAAUGGAGCACUGACGACGCCAAGGUUGUCUGCAAUCAGUUGGGCUGUCCCUCUGGCGCAGCAGCAAUAACGGGGGCACGCUUCGGGCAAGGCAGCGGGAAUAUCUGGAUGGAUGAUGUUGCAUGCAAUGGAAAUGAAUCCGCCCUACGGGAUUGUUCCUUUCGAGGAUGGGGGAUUAACAACUGCGGUCACGGAGAGGAUGCGGGAGUGAAUUGUACAGAAGAGCCCGAUAUCAGGCUGGCAGGCGGCAGCAGUCGCUGUUCAGGGAGAGUGGAGGUGCGGCACAAUGCACAAUGGGGAACGGUAUGCGACGAUGGAUGGGGAGUUGCCGACGCCAAGGUUGUCUGCAAUCAGUUGGGCUGUCCCUCUGGCGCAGCAGCAAUAACGGGGGCACGCUUCGGGCAAGGCAGCGGAAAUAUCUGGAUGGAUGACGUUGCAUGCAAUGGAAAUGAAACUGCCCUACGGGAUUGUUCCUUCCGAGGAUGGGGGAUUAAUAACUGUGGUCACGGAGAGGAUGCGGGAGUGAAUUGUACAGAAGAACCCGAUAUCAGGCUGGUAGGCGGUAGCGAUCGUUGUUGAGGGAGAGUGGAGGUGCGGCGCAAUGCACAAUGGGGAACGGUAUGCGACGAUGGAUGGGGCACUGACGACGCCAAGGUUGUCUGCAAUCAGUUGGGCUGUCCCUCUGGCGCAGCAGCAAUAACGGGGUCACGCUUCGGGCAAGGCAGCGGGAAUAUCUGGAUGGAUGAUGUUGCGUGCAAUGGAAAUGAAUCCGCCCUACGGGAUUGUUCCUUCCGAGGAUGGGGGAUUAACAACUGCGGUCACGGAGAGGAUGCGGGAGUGAAUUGUACAGAAGAGACCGAUAUAAGGUUGGUAGGAGGCAGCGAUCGUUGCUCGGGGAGAGUGGAGGUGCGUUAUAAUGCACAAUGGGGAACGGUAUGCGACGAUGGAUGGGGUAUUGACGACGCCAAGGUUGUCUGCAAUCAGUUGGGUUGUCCCUCUGGGGCAGCGGCAAUAACGGGGGCACGCUUCGGGCGAGGCAGCGGGAAUAUCUGGAUGGAUAAUGUUGCAUGCAAUGGAAAUGAAUCCGCCCUUGAGGAAUGUUCCUUCCCAGGAUGGGGGAUUCAUAACUGUGGUCACGGAGAGGAUGCCGGAGUGAAUUGCACAGAAGAGACGAAUAUAAGACUGGAAGGCGGCAGCGAUCGCUGUUCAGGGAGAGUGGAGGUGCGGUAUAAUGCACAAUGGGGAACGGUAUGCGACGAUGGCUGGGGCACUGACGACGCCAAAGUUGUCUGCAAUCAGUUGGGUUGUCCCUCUGGCGUAUCAGCAAUAACGGGGGCACACUUCGGGCAAGGCAGCGGGAAUAUCUGGAUGGAUAAUGUUGCAUGCAAUGGAAAUGAAUCCGCCCUUGAGGAAUGUUCCUUCCCAGGGUGGGGUAUUCAUAACUGUCGUCACCAUGAGGAUGCGGGAGUGAUUUGUACAGAAGAGCUUUCGCCGCAACCGCAAAUCUCCAUCACUCCGGAAUACCCAGUGUAUGUGCAAGGUGAACGCAUCACUAUUGUCUGCACUGCUUCACGCCCUAAUACAGUUGGUCAGUUUCAGUUGAUAAAAGACUCCGUCACUCUCAUCAACAGCACAACAAACCAAUGGCAGUUCACCUAUGAUAUUGGAAACCUGACCCAGUCCAAAGCAGGCAACUAUACGUGCGUCAUGUUCUCGCAGAUCUCCGGUCGAUGGAUCCAUUCACCUGCCAGCUAUCCUGUUAGCGUACUUGUCACAGAUGCUACGCCUGGACCCCAAAUAUACAGGAGUCCUGAUUAUUCGAUCUUUCUGCCAGGGGAAACAGUCAACAUAACUUGCGUUGCAGAACAUCCCGUUGAAAUUGGGCUACUUCAGUUAACGAAAGACACCGUCCCUCUCAUCAACAGCAGUGAACACCAUGAACACCGACGAGAUGUCACUUAUAUCAUGAAAAAUGCGAGCAAAGACAUGGCUGGCGUAUACGCCUGCGUUCUGCUUACACAAAUAUCUGGUCGAUGGAUAACUUCCCCUUACAGCCAAAAUGUUCGUGUUAUAGUCACAGAUACUCCGCCUGGACCCAAAAUCUACAAGAGUCCUGAUCAUUCGAUCUAUGUGCCAGGGGAAACAGUCAACAUAACCUGCGUUGCAGAACAUCACGUUGAAAUUGGGCUGCUUCAGUUAACGAAAGACACCGUCCCUCUCAUCAACAGCAGUGAACACCAUGAACACCGACGAGAUGUCUCUUAUAUCAUGACAAAUGUGAGCAAAGACAUGGCUGGCGUCUACGCCUGCGUUCUGCUGGCACAAAUAUCUGGUCGAUGGAUAACUUCCCCUUACAGCCAACAUGUUCGUGUUAUAGUCGCAGAUCUUCCACCUCAGCCCAAAAUUUCAAAAAUUCCAGAAUACCCAGUGUAUGUAACUGGAGAAGCAGUUACUAUUUCUUGUGACGUGGCGUGGCGUGGCUCACCAGGCCAAUUUCAGUUGUUGCAGGACUCGGUCUCUGUCAUAAACAGCACGGGAAACCAGAAGCAGUUCAACUAUCAUGUUGAAGCUGUCAAUACUGACAGUGAAGGGGACUACGCUUGUGUCUUUGUGACAAUGCAAUCGGGUCGACUGAUACGUUCUUCCAUCAGCCAUCAUAUUCGAAUAAACGUCGCAGAUCUUCCACCUCAGCCCAAAAUUUCAAAAAGUCCAGAAUACCCAGUGUAUGUAACUGGAGAAGCAGUUACUAUUUCUUGUGACGUGGCGUGGCGUGGCUCCCCAGGCCAAUUUCAGUUGUUGAAGGACUCGGUCUCUGUCAUAAACAGCACGGGAAACCAGAAGCAGUUCAACUAUCAUGUUGAAGCUGUCAAUACUGACAGUGAAGGGGACUACGCUUGUAUCUUUAUGAAAAUGGAAUCGGGUCGACUGAUACGUUCUUCUAUCAGCCAUCACAUUCGAAUAAACGUCGCAGAUACUCCGCCGGGACCCAAAAUCUACAAGAGUCCUGAUCAUUCGGUCUAUGUGCCAGGGGAAACAGUCAGCAUAACCUGCGUUGCAGAACAUCCCGUUGAAAUUGGUCUGCUUCAGUUAACGAAAGACACGGCCCCUCUCAUCAACAGCAGUGAACACCAUGAACACCGACGAGAUGUCUCUUAUAUCAUGAAAAAUGUGAGCAAAGACAUGGCUGGCGUCUACGCCUGCGUUCUGAUGACACAAAUAUCUGGUCGAUGGAUAACUUCCCCUUACAGCCAAAAUGUUCGUGUUAUAGUCACAGAUCUUCCACCUCAGCCCCAAAUUUCUAAAAGUCCAGAAUACCCAGUGUAUGUAACUGGAGAAGCAGUUACUAUUUCUUGUGACGUGGCGUGGCGUAGCUCACGAGGCCAAUUUCAGUUGUUGAAGGACUCGGUCUCUGUCAUAAACAGCACGGGAAACCAGAAGCAGUUCAACUAUCAUGUUGAAGCUGUCAAUGCUGACAGUGAAGGUGACUACGCUUGUGUCUUUGUGACAAUGCAAUCGGGUCGACUGAUACGUUCUUCCAUCAGCCAUCACAUUCGAAUAAACGUCGCAGAUCUUCCACCUCAGCCCAAAAUUUCAAAAAGUCCAGAAUACCCAGUGUAUGUAACUGGAGAAGCAGUUACUAUUUCUUGUAACGUGGCGUGGCGUGGCUCCCCAGGCCAAUUUCAGUUGUUGAAGGACUCGGUCUCUGUCAUAAACAGCACGGGAAACCAGAAGCAGUUCAACUAUCAUGUUGAAGCUGUCAAUGCUGACAGUGAAGGGGACUACGCUUGUGUCUUUGUGACAAUGGAAUCAGGUCGACUGAUACGUUCUUCCAUCAGCCAUCACAUUCGAAUAAACGUCGCAGAUACUCCGCCGGAACCCAAAGUCUACAAGAGUCCUGAUCAUUCGGUCUAUGUGCCAGGGGAAACAGUCAACAUAACCUGCGUUGCAGAACAUCCCGUUGAAAUUGGUCUGCUUCAGUUAACGAAAGACUCCACCCCUCUCGUCAACAGCAGUGAACGCCAUGAACACCGACGAGAUGUCUCUUAUAUCAUGAAAAAUGUGAGCAAAGACAUGGCUGGCGUCUACGCCUGCGUUCUGCUGACACAAAUAUCUGGUCGAUGGAUAACUUCCCCUUACAGUCAAAAUGUUCGUGUUAUAGUCACAGAUCUUCCACCUCAGCCCAAAAUUUCAAAAAGUCCAGAAUACCCAGUGUAUGUAACUGGAGAAGCAGUUACUAUUUCUUGUGACGUCGCGUGGCGUGCCUCGCAAGGGCAAUUUCAGUUGUUGAAGGACUCGGUCUCUAUCAUAAACAGCACGGGAAACCAGAAGCAGUUCAAAUAUCAUGUUGAAGCUGUCAAUGCUGACAGUGAAGGGGACUACGCUUGUGUCUUUGUGACAAUGCAAUCGGGUCGACUGAUACGUUCCUCCAUCAGCAAUCACAUUCGAAUAAAUGUCGCAGAUCUUCCACCUCAGCCCAAAAUUUCAAAAAGUCCAGAAUACCCAGUGUAUGUAACUGGAGAAGCAGUUACUAUUUCUUGUGACGUCGCGUGGCGUGGCUCACCAGGCCAAUUUCAGUUGUUGAAGGACUCGGUCUCUGUCAUAAACAGCACGGGAAACCAGAAGCAGUUCAACUAUCAUGUUGAAGCUGUCAAUGCUGACAGUGAAGGGGACUACGCUUGUGUCUUUGUGACAAUGGAAUCGGGUCGACUGAUACGUUCGUCCAUCAGCCAUCACAUUCGAAUAAACGUCGCAGAGGGUCUUCCUCUCCCGCAUCUCUCACUGGCACCCACGCAUUCUAUUUAUAUGGUGGGUGAAUCGCUCACUAUCGGAUGUGCGGUUGAAGGUGGGACUAUCAAUGGUCAGCUUGAGCUUCUACUGAACUCUAUUCCCAUAAGAGUGCAAGAAAACCAGGAGAGCUUCAAGCAUUUAAUUCCAAGCAUUAGCGACAGAAAUGGCGGAAACUACUCAUGCCUCUAUAAGAAACAGGUUUCAGGAAGAUGGCUUCACUCCGUUCCAAGUGAUUCCACCGAAGUAAUUGUAACCGCUGCGUCACCUCCACCGGAAAUCUUGAUAUCUCCCAAUUAUGCAGUUUAUGUGAUUGGCGAGUCCGUCGUGAUAAGCUGCAUAGCUCCACGCGGAAAUUCAGUUGGCCGCUUACGAAUAUUGAAAGGUGAGAAAUCAAUCGCAGAUCAGCAGAUCGAGCAAGACGGACAAGCGCUGAACUACUCCUGUAGGAUUGUGAUACUGGAGGAUGAGAGGAGCUUCACUUGUUUGUAUGAGACAGAAAUAUCAGAGCGUUUGAUAUCAUACAGAGAUUCAUUACAGAUAAGAGCAACAAAUCGCCCACCACCUCCAACAGUCUCGCUCAAUCCUAAUUAUCCGAUAUAUCUGGAAAGAGAAGAAGUCAACAUUACGUGCCAUGCUCCGAGCCUUCACAGCCAUGACCAUCUCCAAUGGCUCCUACGUUGUAAAUUUGAAGAAACAACCAGAAACAUGACACAACAACAUAUUAGUAAUUCAUUCACGGUGGUAAAUAACAGAAACGAAGGAUAUUAUUCGUGUUUAUACGACCAACAAAUAUCGGGACGUUGGAUAACAUCUUUCCCCAGUGCCGUCGCGAAAAUCCAGAGGAUAAAGCUAACGACUGGUCUGUAUUUCGAGCGCCAGUCGGGUGUAUAUAUGAAAGGAGAAACAACUGCUAUUACGUGUUUCGUCACUAGCCAAAAUAGUGCCCACAGUUUCUUGUUCUACAAAGGAAAUGCAUUGUUGCGAUCAGUAGAUGUUAGCUCGUCUGAUCAAAUGGCCUCGAUCGUUAUAAGCAAUAUUUCUGACGCAGACAGAGGCUCUUACUCCUGCACGUAUGAAGUUAUCAUUUCUGGACGGCGGUUGCGAUCAGACGAAAGUAACACAGGCUUAUUAGCAGUAGAAGAACUGUCGGUACCAACUUUAUCAGUGCGUUCAACAGAUGUUGAAAUUGGCGGAGUCAUCAAGUUUAUCUGCACAUGCCCAGGUGUCUACGCGGAAAUCACAUUCAUCUUGCAGAAAGCCGGCGAAGAUAAUUCCGAGUCACGGGUUAUUUCCGGCAGAAACCACUCUGUCACCUUCGACAUUAGCAACGUGACUCUUUCUGAUGAAGGAACGUAUUUCUGCCGAUAUCAAGUCGUUUUUAAUGGAACUACGUUGUCUUCAACCUCUAGCUCUCCUCUCUUGGUAACUGUAAAUGCUUUUGGAUACAAUUUAACUGACCUAAGCGAAUCCAAGCCUUGCUCCACGGCAGAGACAACUUUCUGAACUUUGAACAUUCUGUCGAAAAAGUAAUCUGAAUCAUUACGUCUUUCCGAGGACUUCCGAGAUCUAACAAUAUUCCAGUAUUCAGUCCUCUGCUCUUCAAUAGCUUCUGCCUCCCACCACAUCAAUUAAUACAAAUUAAGAUUGCUUAAUCAUUUAUUUCAAUGUCGAACAUUUGAUAGACUCAAUAACACGAGUAUGUUUCUUAAAUUUACCUGUACAAUACGCAUAUGCUUGUCUUGAUAAUAAAAAAAAUGUUA